CUCUCUCUCUCUCUCUCUCUCUCCUCGUCAUACUUGCAAUGGAUUUAUGUUCCAUCACUUGUCUCAUUUUCGAUUUGGAUGACACGUUGUACCCUUUGAAAACGGGCUUAGCCGCAGCUGUUAAGAAAAACAUCGACGAUUUUCUGGUGGAGAGAUUUGGAUUCUCGGAAAGUAAAGCCUCGAGCGUGAGAGUUGAACUCUUCAAGACUCACGGAAGCACUCUCGCCGGUCUCAGGGCGUUGGGUCAUGACGUCAGCCCCGAUGAUUACCACAGUUUCGUGCACGGGAGAUUGCCGUACGAUGCCAUCGAACCAAACAGCAAGCUUCGAAACCUUCUUCACAGAAUCAAACAGAGGAAAAUCAUCUUUACGAAUUCGGACAGGAACCAUGCAACGAAGGUUCUGGAGAGAUUAGGACUAGAAGAUUGCUUCGAAGAGAUAAUAUGCUUCGAGACCAUGAACCCUUCUCUCUUCGGGUCGACCCGACCCGACCAACGCCGCCCUGUCGUUCUGAAACCCUCUUUGGCCGCCAUUGAUAUCGCCCUCCGCCUCUCCAACGUCGAUCCUCGCCGAACGCUGUUUUUGGAUGAUAAUGUCCACAAUGUUGCUGCUGGCAAAUCUGUCGGCCUUCGGACUGUUCUGGUGGGGAGGUCGGAGAAGACGAAAGAGGCCGAUUACGCGGUGGAGAUCGUGACCGAGAUAGCUACGGCGGUGCCGGAGAUUUGGUCGGCGGAAAUGGACGGUCGUGAUCAGAGGAUCAGACGGUCCAAAAGCGAGCUUGACGCCAUGUCAACUGCCAUCACAGCCGUCGGUGCGUAGCCGUUGGAUCAGGGGAACCGACAGAUCGUGACCGUCCAAUGUUUUAAUCGUUCGUUUGUAGCUUGUUUGGUUGUACAAAUGGCGUCGUCAAAUAACAAUGACACACGUAUGCCUGUAGAUGCGUGUGUAUGUAUAUGUAUGUGUCAAUAAGUGAUGUAAGGACAUGGAGAUGCUGUCGUCAUCCCAUGUGGACGCCAAAUGUGAAUAUGCGCUGACAAAUGGAAUGCAAAUUUGUAUGGCAACCAUGUUUAUAUGCAUUUUUUUUAA